CAGUCUCCUCGCCUCAUUUCGGCGCAUGCGCGUCUCGUCAGUUGAUGCUGAGCUGUCUCCGGCGGGGCUUUGCUUUGGGUCUCAGCCUCCUUAUUGGAAGCCGCUGCCGUCUCGCCCCUUCCCCGCCGCCCUUUGUGAAGGAGCAUCUCGGAGCAGAGCCGGCGGCGGCAAUUUGAGCGGAGGAAAAGCCCCGGUGACAGGUCAGCGCGGCCUUCAAGACCGCCGGCGGGGUGAGCCCCACCCGCUUCCUCCAAGCGGCGGCGGGGGGAGAAAGACCCUGGGCGGCUUCGGAGCCGUGUGGCCUCAGGAGUAACGGUCAGCCUGUGACCGUUGAGGGCGCGAGGGGAGGGGGGGCGCGCGCGGAGAGGAGGAGGGGUGGAGCCGCGGGGUGGGCGACGCCCCGGAGCCGCGCCUCUCCCCCUGCCCCGCCCGCGCGUUGUCGCCGCCGCUUUCCUCUCAGAGCGGCGCUUGCUUACUUUGCCUUCGGUUUGCUUCCCUUGUAUCUCCGGGCGCUUUUGCUUCCCGUGUUGGCAGCAGCGAAAGUGUCUUACCGUGAUGGGGGGAGGGAGGGAUGUCACACCGUCUUAAAAGACCUACACUGGCUCCCAGGACGUUUCCGAGCACAAUUCAAAGUGUUGGUGCUGACCUUGAAAGCCCUAAACGGCCUCGGUCCAGUACACUUGAAGUAGUGUCUCCACCCCCAUCAUUCUGCCCAGACACUGAGGUCCAGCGCCGAGGGCCUUCUGGCUGUUCCCUCACUGCGAGAAGCCAAGUUACAGGGAACCAGGCAGAGGGCCUUCUCGGUAGUGGCACCCGCCCUGCGGAACGCCCUCCCACCAGUUGUCAAAGAGAAAAAUAACUACCAAACUUUUAGAAGACAUCUGAAGGCAACCCUGUUUAGGGAAGCUUUUAAUGUUUAAUAGGUUAUUGUAUUUUAGCGUUUUGUUGGAAGCCGCCCAGAGUGGCUGGGGAAACCCAGCCAGAUGGGCGGGGUAUAAAUAAUAAAUUAUUAUUGUUAUACUGGAAUUACUUUUUAAGGCCCGGUUACUCACCGGGGCAAAGCGGUUUGAGCAUAUCACACUGGUCUUAGUCCAUAGCUGUCAACUUUUCCCUUUUCUUGCGAGGAAUCCUAUUCGGAAUAAGGGAAUCUCCCUUUAAAAAAAGGAAAACGUUGACAGCUAUGUCUUAUGUCUUACCAACUGCACUGGCUACCAAUUAGUUUCCGGGCCCAGUUCAAAGUGCUGGUUUUGACCUAUAGAGCCUUCAACGGCUCAGGACUGCAAUACCUCAAGGACCUCCUCUUCCCAUAUGAACCCACCUGGACCCUGAGAUCAUCUUCUGAGGGCCUUAUUUGUGUGCCUCAUCCACAAGAGGUCCUAAGGGUUGCAACAUGAGAACGGGUCUUUUCCAUAGUGGCUCUCCAUCUGUGGAAUUGCUCUCCCCAAAUAGGUUCACCUGGCACUUUCAUUAUAAACCUUUAGGCGCUAGGCAAAAACAUUCCUUUUUCACCAGACCUUGGAUUGAUUGACAUUCAGUGCCCUUUUAAAAUACGUUUAGGGCGUUCUUGGGUGGUAGUUGUAUUUAUUUUUCAUUAUGUAUUUUGUGUUUUUGUAUUGUGAUUUUAUCCUGUGAACCACCACAAGACUUGCGGGUAUAGGGCGGUAUAUAAAUAUUAAUAAUAAUAAUAAUAUUUUGAUGCCUCCAUUUCCUGCGGCAGCUUUUUCCACACCUUUUAAGCCUCCAGUUCUAGGCCAAGGCCAAGUUUAUGCCCACCAGCAUGGAUGUUCUUUCCAUCGAUUAGGGCAGAUACCCAACUCCAACUAGACUAGAGUUGUUCACUUUUGCAGAAAUAGAACCGGUAGGAUCCAAGAGGUACUUUGUUGCUAUUGCUGCCCACUGCCCAUUAAAUGUUUACAGCAGUCUCAACAUUGUCACUGACUUUGGGGUGACGGUGCAGUUUUGUACUGCAUAAGUCUUCUGUAGGCCAGAACCUGCCUCAGCUUCUGCCAUAAAAUGCUCUUACGGUGCCCCCCCAUUACUCUUCAUAGGUUUUUGCCCACUUAACAGGGCUGCCCCUCUGAAAAGCUGACAACACAUUAUAGGUAGGGGCACAAGCUUGGUCAGAGCCCACUUCAGCCAGUUACAGCUUUGCAAUGGAAAUGGGCUAUAAUUAGGCCUGGGGCAAGACAUUUUGGCAUCUGAGGAGGACCCUGGAAUGAUGCCUCCUUCCCUGCCAGAGAAGAAGGCGUCAAGGAUGAUUUAAAACAGGAAGAAAGAUUGGCAAUAGGAUGUGCUGCCCGGGUGAGUGGUUGCCUCACCUUGCCUAAUGGGUGGGCCAGCCCUGAUUCUAAUGCUCCGUGGAAGCACCUGUGUCUGGGGAACCUGCGGCCGUCCAGAUGUUGUUAGACUGCAGCUCCUAUAAUCUCUUAACUACUGACCAGGCAGACUGGGGCUGAUGGGUGUUGAAGUUCCUGCGUUGCAAGGGGUUGGACUAGAUGACUCUUGGGGUCCCUUCCAGCUCUACAGUUGUAUGUUUCAGGGGGGCACAGGCUUCCCACCCUUGCUUUAACGUGAUUUAAGCAUUGCUUGCCUGAGUGUCAUUGUUUGGGCAUGUCUUAAUUCAGCAUAGGAUUAGUUUGCAAGGUCCUGUGCAGAGUUAUGGUAGGAGUGGUCCCUUUCUUGAAAGUAAGCAGAAUUUGCUUCUGAGUAAGCAUGCACUGAAAUAGUCCAUGUCUGGCAGGUUGCUGUGCUUUUUAUGAAAUGAUGGAAACACACCAGAGGCAGUCCUAGUGGCAUUAUUGUUUGUCUCUGCCACUGAAAAAAGAAAGAAAGGUUACAUAACUGGAUUAGUUUAACCUCAAAAUUGUUUAAAGUAUUAACAUUCAUAAUAGAACUUUUCAGGAGUACAAGAGUGACUUUUGCAUCCAUUCGUUCAUUUCCAGCUAAUACUGUACUCUGUUAUCCUCUAAGAAGCUCUUAAAAACUUUAUUUUAUUUUAAUUUAUAUUUUUUAAAAAUCACAAGUUCCAAAGGCAUGUCACAAUUGCCUUUGAUUGUUUUGGAUAUAGGAGUAUCGGCAGAGUUUGGUUUGCAUUUCUCAGUUGCAAACAAACAAAUACAGCCUGUUUGAAAAGGAUGUACUGCAUUAUAACCACCUUUAUUUCGCUAUUAGCAGAAAGCUUAGACCAGGGGUGGCUAACCUUCCCACCAUCUCUGACCAUUGGCGAUGCUAGCUGAGGAUUUCUGAAAUUUGAGUCCAGAAAUGUAUUGAGGGCCAUAGGUUUCCCAUCCCCUGUUCUAGUCUUUGGAAUGCAAUAAUGCAAAAAUUGAGUCUAAUUUUGGUACAUAAUAUAUGUCUUCCAAGAGAGGCUAAGGUUUUUCAUAUGAGCAUACAUUUAUUCUAGGGAAUUUAUUUAUGAUAGAUUUACAUAAGGGCCUUUCAUUUAUGUAUAUAUAAUUCUUCAUGUAAUCUUUAUUUUGUUGACAGGAUUCUAAUCAUGUCUGAUAAAAGUGAGCUGAAGGCUGAGCUGGAGCGUAAGAAACAACGCUUGGCCCAAAUCAGAGAAGAGAAGAAGAGAAAAGAGGAAGAGCGAAAGAAAAAGGAAGUAAGAACUUUUCAAAUUACAUCUGUGAGAUGAUUGUAUCCCAGCUUAAUGUAUUGAGAUAAAUAAACAAAGGAGCUUUAUGCACCUGCUUCACUCCUCCCUACAUGUGAGGCGGCCAAGGUUUUGUUUAAGCUCACAGAAGCACAUACAUAUAAUGCUAAAUUGUGGUUUAGCAUUUGUGUGAUCCAAGCAUGUGUGUUACAUGCUUAAAAAAUCAUUGGAAAUAGCUUCAUUCUUUUAACUGGAUAUUCAUUAAAAUGUACGUUAUCUGAUGACUAUAUCUGUGGUGGAUGAAAGAUGACAGCUGUGUGGCACGUUGGGUGAGGUAGAAGCUAUCUGCAUCUGUACUGUCAUCAUGAAGCUUGGCUUUGUACUCCACGCAUAGUCUUACUUCUGUCCUGCUCAUAGACUGCUCCAGUAGCAGCUUAGUUUAGUAGUAUGAGAACACUACGCUUCCAUCGGCUCAGCUAGAAAGUGAUUUCCUGGCAUGGCUCAUCUUCCUGUAAGGGAAGGUUUUUCUCUAGCAGCAUUACCAAAGGCAGUUCAUUUAUUCUUCGAGGCUUUUUAAUGCUGUGGUAUGCUUGUGCAAGGGCAUAUGCAUUCUGAAGUAUUAAGAUUGUAAAAAGAAACAAAAAACUGUCCAGCAUUCUGCUCUGGGAUGGCUCAGUCAGUAGAGCCUGAGACACUUAAUAUCAGGGUUGUGGGUUUGAGGCCCAUGUUGGGUAAAAGAUUCUUGCAUUAGACUAGAUGAUCCUUGCAGUCCCUGCCAACUCUACAAUUCUAUGAUACUCUUAUUUUUGGUAUUCCUCUGGCAUGCCAAUAUUGGGUGUGUGUGGAGUAAUUGGACCCUAUGGUAAUGAUUUAGCAAUACUGGAAAAAUUAAAAAAAGGCAUAUUUAAACCAUUCUAAUUAGUGUUGUACUAUUUUUGGAAUGUUGGUGUACAAGCACAGAAAACAGUUCAAACUGGAAUUAUUUUGUUAAGACCCUAAGAUGAGGACAGUAUCUCUCAGUCAAAUUUGCCGCACAGGGUUCUUUAGAAAGGAAGGAGAGUGACAUAUGCCACUUUGAGGCCCUUGGAGAAAAGAUGCCUUAUAUAUGUAAUAAAUAAAAAGAAGAAUGCAGUGCCAUUUUAGUACUUUCUUGAUCUUUACCCAGUUACUUUGCAGUCUUCAUAUACUGGGAAAUUGGAAGUUGGUACAAACACUGCCUUAAGUGCACAAUUGGCAGAGAUGAUGUGUAGGUUUUUGACAAGCAGCUGGUAUGAAGCUUGGCUCUAUUUCAGCGAAGCAUUUAAGACCUGCUGAAGUUAAGCUUUGAUGAACCAACAAUCUUGAAUGUAACUUCUGUGUAGCUGAACUGUACAGUUGUCAGAUAUCUCAGAGCACUAUGUGAUUGAACAAUCCAGAUAUGUCAAUUAGAAGCUAAAUUUUUUCUCAGUACAAUGCAAGACUAUGGUUAUAGAAAAGUAGCUGGCUGUUUUCUAAUGGUUCAGUUUGAUACAACUCGCUUUUUGAUAAAUAUAUAAUAUCACGGAUCUUUGAAUUUGCAUAAAUCUCUGGAAUGCAAAGGCUAACAUCAAUAUCUUUAAAGUAUUCACUAAUGUUAAAUGCCAUAGCUGGCGAUUAGGAUUGAGACCAUUUAGAUGAGCUUUUUCUUGUAGAUUUGGCAUUAAAAAAGAAACAAACAACGUCCAGAAAUCACAGAGUGGGGGUGGAUUUUUAAAAAAUAUUGGCAGUUUUAUAUUUACUCAUUAACAUGGAAAUCAUAUUUUUUCACACCUGCCACAGACUUGGUUGAUAUUUUCAUUGAGCUAUAUCCUCCUGCCAUUGACUGAAUUUAGGGUAGACCCUUAGAAGAAGAAGAGGAGUUUGGAUUUGAUAUCCCGCCUUUCACUCCCUUUAAGGAGUCUCAAAGCGGCUAACAUUCUCCUUUCCCUUCCUCCCCCACAACAAACACUCUGUGAGGUGAGUGGGGCUGAGAGACUUCAAAGAAGUGUGACUGGCCCAAGGUCACCCAGCAGCUGCAGGUGGAGGAGCGGAGACGCGAACCCGGUUCUCCAGAUUACGAGACUACCACUCUUAACCACUACACCACACUGGCUCUCACUGGCUCUUAGGCCAUUUGUUGGUCUUCGGGAACUUGCUACAGUAAUAAGCUUAAGUUCCUACCCCUAUCCACAUUUGCCUUGCUCUGUGUUGUGACCAAGAAAUGGCUAGAGCUGGCACAAUUCUUCCUCACUGACUUUAUCAGUGAAAUAUAGAUGCAAUUAAUAUUACCUGUAUCCCAUUUCUAUGAAAUGAAGUAAUUUUUCUUUUAAAACCUUUUCCUUGCACAUAAAACAAGUGGUAUGUGAAAGUAUGCACUGUCACAUAACUUGUUAUUUUUUUAAAAAAAUAUAGACUGAUCAGAAGAAAGAAGCUCUUCCUGUACAAGAUGAGUCUGACCUUGAAAAGAAGAGACGGGAAGCUGAAGCCUUGCUUCAGAGCAUGGGUUUAACGCCAGAUGCUCCUAUGGGUAAGAGUUAUAAAGAAAAUUUAUCAUGAAUAUCUCUCACCACCACCUUAGUGGUACUUGUAUUAGCAUGAAAGUUGUUACUCACAUAUGCAUGUAUCUGUUGUAUGUUCAUUAUUGCCACAGCUUUUCUUGUGAUGCUUCUCAUAACUUAUUGCUUAUAUCUGAUUUUAAAUAUGGCCAUACAAAGAUAAGUAUAAUUUGAUCAUUUAUUGUUACAAUAUUUGGAGCAUAAUCCCAGAGCUUUAAAAUUGUCCUAUAAAACUAAAUGCUAAAGUAUCUGAGAUAUGAAAGUAAUAUGAAGGCAUCCAAAGCUGGAUUUGUUUAAUUUAUUCACACUAUAUUUCUAAAAUAUAAAAAAUGUAAUGUAUGGAUUGGGUGCAGGGUUCCCCAGAGAGGCUUCCUCUGGAAGAAUGGUGGCGGUGGCUUUUUUUUGUCCAUUUCUCCCUUUGCCCAGUACCCUCCCAUGACACUUCCCAUGAUGUUCCGGAGGGUCUCCUGGCCUGGCAGAACAGUUCUGCUGGGUGAAAUUGAAGGAAAUUGCCUCUUUCCUUCCUCUUAAGGGAGUAUCCCAUGAGUGGAGUUCUGCUUGUGGGAAUUCAAGAUUCAAGCCAACGUUUCUGUUAUUUCUUAAAGUACCCUUUAAAAAAGUGUUCAAGCAGGAUGUCUUAAACUAUCUGCGGAUUUAGCAAGUAGAAACAGGAAUAUCUUCCUAAACUGAACAUAUAUUUGUAGUUAAUAUUACAGAUGCCAUAAUGCUUAAAGGAGAGUAUUUUCAAAGUACUUCUAGUAAUUUUCCUUUUAAGUUGCUAAAACUUUUAAUGGUUUCUUUUAAGCUAUCUGUAGGCAUAUAAAAAGGAGACGAUAACUCUGCCACAAGGGGGCAUUGCAACAUUGCAAAAGAUUAGAUAAAAAGCCUACCCUGCAUAGAUAUGAUACUUUUUCAGUUCUUCUCUUGGAAUAGGGCAGCUUCCUAACCAGUACAAAAUAAAUAUUUUGUCCGCAUGUACCUUCCUUCGGCAUCAAACACUGAGAGCCAGUAUUUCCCAAACACAACAUCCAUCCUUUUGCCGUGUCGGCAAACGAAAAGGCGCCUCUUCUGUGGCCCAGGUGGGUUGGUGAUCCUUAAGGGCUGCAUACUCUGGCAGAAGAUUGUGAGGGGCCCAGUAUCCCCUGGUUCUUGAUCCUCCUGCAGUCUUCGAUCCACCACUCUGUCAGUGAACAUCAGGAGGGAGAGGGAUGAAUUAGCAUUUAGAAUGGCAUAUGACCCAUAGAACACCCACGUGCCGCACUCAUCUGCUUUGGUGAUGUAAUUCUUGGGCAGCAGUCCAUGGCACCCUGUCCCAAGCAAAGUGCCAUAAAUCCAGCCUGUGCUGGUGGUGACCUGCUCCACAGGAGACAUGAAGUCCCUUGGGACAAGCUCCAGCUCAUCAUCGUUCUGCGGGGUGUAUGGGUAGAUCACCUGGAGGGUCUCAUGAUUGGCAAAUCUAAGAUCCCAGGAGAAUAUUGCAGCCACCCAGUCACAGCCCAGCUUGACAUCUAUGCUGUGAGCUAACUUCUCAAGCAUCUGCAAGGGGCUGGCUUGGAAGUGAUAGGCCAGUGUGACGUGGAGCUACUUCUUGUGGGGUUGCACGUGAACAUCGGCUUUAGAAGUGGCUUCCAUAGCAAAGUCUGCAGCAAAUUUAUUGAGGACCUCGGUGCUGUCCUCCUUGACAACGUGAUUCCUUGGAUGUGAUUCCUUGACUCCUUGGAUGUGAGGGCAAUCUGGCUGCGACAUAAACAUUUUUAGUGCAGUAGUAUAACUGAGGCAACCUCCUUUUGUUUAUGUCUACUUUUCAAGCUAAUGUACACUGGUACCUCGGGUUACAUACGCUUCAGGUUACACGCUCCACUAACCCUGAAAUAGUGCUUCAGGUUAAGAACUUUGCUUCAGGAUAAGAACAGAAAUCGGGCUCCGGCGGCGCAGCUGCAGGAGGAGGCCCCAUUAGCUAAAGCGGUGCUUCAGGUUAAGAACAGUUUCAGGUUAAGAACGGACCUCCAGAACGAAUUAAGUAUUUAACCCGAGGUACCACUGUAUUUCCAAAUACCAAAUAGCCUUUAACACUGCUGAUGGGAAUAUUUUGAAAAGGAAAAGACACUAGUAGAACUUGGUAGCCAUACUUUUAUCAAAUAUAACUUCAUUGGCGCUUUUGUUGGAAACUGCUUCCAAAAUUUCAGGGCUGGUGGUGCAGGAAGGACCUUAAUCUUUGGUGCUCCUGUGAAGAUUAUAAUAUUUGGCACUGGAUCGUAACUGACCAUACCAUUUUAUUAACAGGAGUAAGUCCUAUUUUGUUCAGUUGGGCUUAGUCACCAGUUUUGUUAUGCUUUGAUCAUUUUGAUUUAAUGUUUGAAUUGGCAAACUAUCCUCUUGUUGUUCAAAAAACGAUGAGCUAAUUUUAUUAUUAUUUAUUAAUCAGCUACUAAUUCAGCUUAAGUAGAGUAUGUUCAGUUUUGCUUCAUUAACAGACCAGUUACUAAAUAGUAAUAGGCUUCUGAGGAGGUAGGACAGAUUAAACCACUUCAGACUAUAGGUGAGUGAUCACAUUUUAAAAAUACUUCCCGAUCAUUAAAGGGAAAGACAUGCAGAUAGAAAGCACCCACACUGUGGAGUGGUCUGAACAGCAGGGAAAUUCUUGCAUAGGGGAGCAUUUAAAAUUCAUGGGUUGUGCCCAAGUUGUUCUGUUCAGGCAAGGAAUUUCACUUGUGCAAUAGAAGACUCCCUCCACAAAAUAAUCGGCUUUAGGGGUCCAACUUUCUGGAGCAGACUUGGGAGCGUGAGGUGCAUGUGGGGAGAGGAGUUGGAAGAGAAUUUUUGUUGUACAAGUGGAAGUCGUUGUGUGAAUGUGAUAACAUUUUGGGGCACAACUCCAUGUUUCCGAUCUGUUGUCUGCAGUGGUUUAAAAUCUAUUCUACCACUCUCUACUCUGGCUCAGGUCUCACUGAAUUGGAAGCUAUUUGCUUCCUAAUCAAUAUUACAUGUAAACUACUUUAUUGGAGGAAAUACUAUAGUUUCCUCUAAUAGAAAAAGGCACCUACAAUAUUUGAAGGUUCUAAACCAGAGCUUUCGAAACCUUUCAUGUUGAUGACACACUUUUUAGACAUGCAUCAUUUCAUGACACAGUAAUUCAGUUUUACUAGCAAACAGGAGGUUAAACUAACCACUUUCCAGCUGCCCUGGAAGGAGUGUGGGGAGCUUUUGCGCGACACACCUACACAUACUGUCGCAACAUACAGUUUGGAAAGCUCUGUUCUAAACCAUCAUACUGUUUAACAACCAAUAGAUGGCAGUAGCAACUAGUUAAAAACAUAACAAAGAACUUGAUUCAGCAUGUCCCUCUUAGAAUAUUCAAAUAAUUGGUUGUGUCUGUCUCCAGGACUAAGUGUUAGUGCAUAUUCUUUUAAAAUAACAUGAAAAUAGCAGUUCAUUAAAAAACAAUGUUUUGAUUUUACUAGUCCUAUAGAAGGAUUAAUGUGUUUUAUUAAAAAUACUUUUCCAUUUCCAAAGCUUAUAUUUUCAUAUUUUGAAGACACUGAGCGGUGGCAAAUAGCAAGGCAUAUGAUUUUUAAUAUAGUGCUGUAGGAUAAGACAUUCUGUCCUUCCCCUUUCUGAAAAUAUUUCUUAUAAUCAGCAAUUAUAUCUGCAAUUGGAACACUUUUAAUUCCUUUGUAUAAUUCAAAUAAGAAAUCUGUAUAUCAGUUCAGCUGCAUCAGCAUAAUGUUUAUUGAUUGACUGGCUUUUGAGUUUCCCUUUCCCAGUCAGAACUGCCUGAGAUUUACCCUGUGGGUUAUGGGAGAUGGGGGGAAAACUUUAUUUGUCAAUGCCACCUUCCCUUUCUAUUUUGGAGGGUCCCCAAAUCCUCCAGAGUAGCUUUUCUGGGGUCAACAGAACAAAGAAUGAAUCUGAAAAUUGCCUCUCCUUCCUCCAGCAGAAGCAUCCUGUAGGCUGAAUUCUUCUCAUAGAAACUCUGAAUCCAGCUCAGUACAUACUCCCAUUUAUCCUCAGUGAAAACAAAAUUACUUAUUGUGGGGAUAUUUGGCUCUGAAAAAUGCAGAUCUGGAUAAAAACCAAUGUAGAGACAUUAAAACUUGUACAUCUUUAUUGGAUGUUGCACAAGCAUAAUUAAUUGAUAGGCACAUGUUUUAGGUUGCAUGCUGCUGCUUCUCAUUUACCAUUCCAGUUGCACUAAAUUUGUAUCACAAAAUGUUGUAAACAAACUUCCCUUUGAGGUGAGGCUUUAAAAAAAUAUAAUGUUAAGAACUUCUAAAUUGAGGUUUAGCUGAAUAGAACAAACUGUUUUCAGUAAAUAAUUACAAGUUUAAAACACUGUGUUUUGGAGAAGAGCUUGUUUUAUGACUCCUCACGCCCACUCCAAUAAUAAUUGGUAUUAUAAGAUAUAGCAAUCCCAAAUUCAUUGUGUAGAUUUUAAUAACAUAUUUAAGUUUCUGAAUAACAGUUUCUUAGCAAAGUAUUAAACUGUAGAAUCCUUAUUUUCCCAGCAUUUUGUAUAAAGUAUACUUGCUACAUAACCCCAAAAUGCAUUAAAUGCUAAAAACUGCAUGAGUCUCCAGCAUGAUAUGUUAACAUUGUCUUUUCCCCUUUUUUUCUAUUAUUCAUUUUCAUCCAUUUUAUUUUAUUUUUUGUUUACCAUCACUUUUUUAAUGCUUCCAUGUUAAAUUAAUUUGGAAACAUCCUAAGCUGUGCAACCUCUACGACUAGUAACAGCGGAUACCUGUCUGUUUCACUAUUUAGUCCCUCCUCCUAUGUCUCCAUCUUCGAAAUCUGUGAGCACACCAAGUGAGGCUGGAAGCCAAGAUUCUGGUGAUGGUGCUGUUGGUUCUAGGUAUGUUUUCUUAAAGAUUUCCGCAUUAAAUAUGUUGGGGUCUCAAAAGUGCAGUACAGUAUUAAAAUUGACAAGUGUUAACGUUGCUGAAAAAAUAAUUUUCUGCUUUAAAAGUAUGGCACAAUCUCUCCAAACAUGUCAUAGGACCCAGCAGAACCCUCUCCUCAACAUGCCUUGGUCAUUAACCAGAAUGAGAGGCUGGUGUGAUUUCCUAUUUCCCCAUCUAGCCUUCUCUUUCUAGUUCAGGUCUCUACCCAAGAACAUACUUUAAAGUUUACCAAAACUCUUGGAUGAAAUCUUUGGUUACAGAGGAAGGGUUAGACGAGGAAGUGGGCAGUGUGCCAGCAUCUGGUUCUAAGUAAUGAACAAUUUUCAUAUACUAAGGAGGGAGGGAUUGUACCAUAUUUUUAUUCUAAAUUACUUUAAUAAGUCACAUAGUUCACUUAGCCAGUGUUUAUCCAAUGCUGCACCCCAGUUCAUUGUUUCUUGCUUCUUGUUUUUAAAUUCAACUUAUUACUCUGUAUGCUCAAAUAUAUCUCUCAGGAAUGUUCUGAUAGUUAUUCAUUUUACCCUGGGAUUGCUAUAUCAUCACUGGUGGGGGGUGCGCACAUCUACAGACAUGCUUAUGCGCUGAGCAUUGGUAUUUUGAGCAGGUGUCAAGAUCAUCAGUGCCAUGAGUCAGGUUAAACUGGCCUACAUUAGGGUGUAAAUUAUCUCCCUGAAGAGCCCAGUCUCUUCCUAAAAAUCGGUAUUGUGAGAAUUUAGGAUUGAGGCAUAAGAUUGGCUUUCUUGGCUGCAUCCAUGUACAUGGAACAUACAGUCUUAAGUUGAAAUGGAAGUAUCAUUUCACUACUAGAUGGUGGGUCACCAGUAAGAGAAAUUGUGUCAUUCUGUAUUAAUUCAUAUAGUCAUAGAUAGCCUUAGUUUACCAUCAACAUGUGGUUGGAUGCAGUCAUGUGCAGAUGGAAAUCACUUGUAGUGUAGUAGUUCAGUUGUGACUGUGGGCUUCAUUUCUGCCAUUUAAGAAACUUUCUUUGUUUUGAAAAAAAGGAAAAUGAUAGUAUAUCUGACCUGAGCCCUCAAAAUAGGGUAGAGUUCCACUUUCUAUUGGAAAAUAAGGAAGUGUAUCUUUAGGUUAAGCACCUAGGGGACAGAACGUAUACUUUGUAAAUUCCACAAUCAUCUGGCAGUGAGGGACCCACAGUAGCGCCAGUCCUUCAUGUGCCAGAAGGAUUGCAUGAGAAUUUCUGGAUCAUACAGGAGAAGCCCAUCUGGUGGCUUCUCCUGCGUAGUUUGGGGAUUCUCGUAUUACAUUUGGUGGGGCAUAAAAGAGCAGCUGUGCUUCUGUGACUUCCCUGCCAUGAGAAUUAUAUGAAUACCAAAUCUUCCAUCAUGGGAUUCACCCAAUAAAUGGUGUUGAAUAAGGGUUCUAGCCAGCUGUGUCUAUGGAUGAGUGGAACACAGUUUCAUUCACACAGUGUGAAUUACGCUUUCUCUCCUCACCCCUGGAGCCCCCUGCACUGAUCUGGAGAGUUGAGGGACCCUUCAGAGCAGAUGCAGGGGGGUGCAGGGGCCAGGAGAGGAAGGGGAUGUUCUGUUCUGUGAGUUAUAUCCAGUGGUAGUGCAAGUGGAAGAAAUCUUGUACCUAUACCUAUAUGUAUGUAUGUGUUGGUUGGACCACAGCCUGGUCCUAGGGGGUUAAGAGUUAUCUCCAGAUGUGUGUUCUUCCAUACAAAGCUGCCUGAGUCCUAAGAUUGCCUUCAGAUGCCCUGUUCUCCAUCCUUCCAGCAGCAGUACAGGGCCUUUUUGGCUAUGGUACCAAAACUAGAAUUUCUUCCCUAGGAAAACCAUUUGGUUCCCUUUUGUCUGCUCUAGGCAAGUUUUGAAGAUCUAUUCUGGUGACUUUUUAAUGCUAGUGCUCUGCUAUUUUGUAAACUUGUUAUUCUUUUGUUUCACUUCUACAUUAUUAAUAUUUUGUUGUAUUGCUGGUGAUUUUAUUUUUGUGUGCUGUUUUGGUGCAUCCUGUUGUAGAAAAGAGGGGUAUGAAUGAAAUUUAAUAAAUAAUUGGAGUAAUAAAUUUAUAGUGAACAGUAGACCAGUUGUUUUAAUGCAAAAUCUAUCUGAAAUGAUUUUCAAGUUUCAUGAAAGCAACUUUAUUACUUAUCAAAAGACAAACUUUUUUAUUCAGAAUUUUGAAUGUGGUUAGUCAUUAGAACGUCUGAUAUGUGUGUUUAUUUAUAUUUGCUUUGCUUUUCUAGCAUUCUAGCAUUUUCUAGCAUUCUAGUAGGCCACAAGACUAAAAUGUAUACAAUUAUAUUUAUGUAGGUUAAAGCUAAUGCUUGGUAUGUUGCUCUAUAUACUAUAUAGUUGCAACUUGAAAUAUUUCCUAAAUGGUUGUUGUCUUAAACCUACUUACAAGAAAGUAAAUCUCAAAUUCAGCAGACUUACUUCUGAGUAAACAUAGUACUGCACUGCUUAACUUGCUGAAUGCUGCAACAUUGACUGUCUUGAGUUGGCUUUAAAUUAAAUGACAUAAGCCCAAGGCAGUGCUUAACCCAUAAUUACAGCAAUGUCACAUCUUGGAAACACUAGCAGCAGUAUAUCCCAGUGGAAAAGCGCUUUUUCCUGCACCCAAAGGUUUAUGUGUUGACUCAUUUCCUUUACCAAUAUGACAAUUUCCUGAACAUAUUUAAUGCUUCGGGCAAGAUCACAGUAUGUUAACAAACUGGAUCUCGGGUGACACCACUAAAUCUAUGUAGCUGUAUAGUGUUAAUAAACUCUUAAGUUAAGUCAAAGCUUAUCCUUGACUGAAUGCAUCUCUAAAUACAGGGGAUGUCACCUAUUUAAAGAAGUGUUAUGUGAUUCAUUGUAUAACUUUUAAAUUUGCAUACAUUUGCAUGUGUAUAAAAGAUCUGAGGGUAAAGAACCCUGCUCUUUGUUAGGACCUGAUGCAACACAUGCACAUCUAUCUAAGAAAAGCCAUUUCUUCCGUGUGGGAAAUAAGGGGGGGCGUGUCUUCUAAGGAAAUACCUACCUUCCACAGGUGUUGAAUUAAAAUCUUAUAUUUAAAUUAAAAACAAUUACACUUUUUAAAACCUCAGUUUUAGCCGAGUAAAAAGGUUUUAAUUAGUCUUACUGAUUGAUCAACAGAAUGCUGUCGCUCUACUAAUUGUUCUGAACUGUAUGUUUCUAUUUUAAUUGGUAUGAUGCAUGUAUUGUUGUAGUAGCGCUGAAUGUCCACUCAAUUUCCACUAACUGAGAUUUCUGGCACUUUUAAAAUAUCUGAAGCCAUGAUAUUAUUGUAGCUUCCAAUAGCUUUUAACAUUUAAUAGAAUGUAUUUGCUUCACUAAUCUCUGGCCUUUUUUGCUAAUGCUGCAUGGUUGUUCUUCAACCUGUGUUGUCAGGACGCUGCAUUGGGAUACUGAUCCAUCAGUUCUACAGCUUCACUCUGAUUCCGAUCUGGGGUAUAGCAGAGAUUUUUUUUUAUCUUCCAUCUUUGUUGUAAUGAUUGUCUUUUAUAUAAGCCAAAUUAUUUCACGUCUUAAAAUAUAAUAUGUAAAACAAUUUUAGCUAUGCGUUUAAGGUUGCAUCCAGAUCAUUAAGUGAAAGUGAUGUAUGAUGUGCAGUUUAUUGAUCAUCAGCUUCCACAAACAGUAUGUUAAACCAGAAAAAGGUUUUGUGUUUGGGGAGAGCUGUUCGUUAUAUGACUGAACAAAUUUGAUCUGGCGCAUGUACAUUUCUGGAUUUCAACCUCUGAAUUUAUAUUCAGCAUCUUAAUGCAACUAAUUUUCUAAAGACUUUUAAUUUACUAAUAUACUAAAUAUUCUUGUAAUUAUUUUUUUUUAAUGACUUUAUGACAUCCAUGUCAAGUCGUUAGUCAUGAAUGCCUUGUCUAAGUCUACAUACCUUUGAUAAAGCAAUAAUACUGGUCUUACAGGAUUAUUGAGAUAAUGUAUGUGGCUUGCUUUGGGCACUUUGGGGGGAACAUAUGUUGUAUUUUUAUAAUAAGGGAAGAGGGCCAGUAAUUUUGGGGGUUUGCCUUACUCACUGAGUGAAAACAUAGGUGUUAAUGUACAUAUAUCUAGAUCAGGGGUGGCUAGCCCAUAGGCUGGAUCAAGUGCUCCAAAUUUUUUGGCAGUGAAAGUAAGUUUUAAAGUAGACUCAGAGCUGGGCCUUGGAUAGAGAGCUCCUUGAGGAGGGAUGCAAAUUGUUCCCUCCACACGAUCAGAUUGGUCAUUUGAUGACCUGGGAAGGAGCAGUAACCUUCCUCAGCUAGUCUGCACAGGUCAGACGAGAAGAAGGGACUGUGUGCUGGUUUGCAUGUGAGAGGUGCUUGCAAGUGUGGGGUGGUUGUACUCUCUUGGCCAUACACACCACUGGCAUGCAGCCCCUGGAAGGUUGGUCAAGGGUGAAUAUGACCCUUAGCCAAAAAAUGUUAGCCACUCCUGAUCUCGGUCAAAUAGUUCCCUGGGAAUUUUGCCAAUUAGUGAUUGCUGAGGUAUUGCAACAUAUUGUUUUCUUAACUGCAUUGUAUUAUUUCAAGAUGGUAACACAGUUUUCUGCAAGUUAAAUUGCAGUUGUGUUGCAUUGGCACAGAAUUCACACAUUUUACAUUGGCUUGGUCCAGAGGCAUGCUGUUCAAAUGAAGUGGGCAGAAUGUGGCUUUCCCAUCCCUAAAAAACUUCUCAUGGGGGCUGGAGUACACUACUGAAUGGAGUGGACUGCAGCACGGGAAUCUGAGGAGGUUCCUACUGUUGUUUAUGGAGGAAAUUUGUUUAAAACUCAGUGCAUACCAGUUAUAUGGGCUAGCGUUUCUGCCAUCUGAAAAAGCAGCAUAACAAACAAAUCCGUUUCUUGACAUUUUAUUUACUUUCCUUUGUUUCCCCUUCUGUGCUGGCUUUUUAUUUUAAAAUAAAAAGAUGUAUAAUUCAGCAAUAGUUAAAUUUAAUACUUGUUAUAUAGAGAUGAUGGAUUGUCUGACUUUCCACAAAUUUGUUCUAUGUAAGUUGCAUGAAUUGUAGAUGCAUUAUAACUUUCUCCAUCAUUUUUUUUUAGACGUGGACCUAUUAAACUUGCAAUGUCCAAAAUUACACAAGUUGACUUUCCUCCUCGAGAAAUGGUCACAUACACAAAGGAGACCCAAACACCAGUUAUGACUCAGCCAAAAGAAGGUGAAUAUGACUUACUCUUCCUAUUCCUUUGUUUUAAAAAACCCCGCAUGAAGAGGGUGAGAUGGGUCAUGCCACAGGGGAAAAUUCCAAAACUUAUUUUGUGAAAAUACAGGAAUAGAAAUGUUUGCAGGACAAGAAAUUACUAUUUUUGUAUGUGACUUUGGGGUUUGAUAGAAUAUUGGCUUAUUCGUUAGAUGGUCUGUUCCUUAACUCUACAAGUUGCAUCCAGAUUUGGGACUUUUUUAGGCUCCAUGGACUGAAUCCUAAUCAAAAUUUAUUUUCAUGGGCCAGAAUUGACAGGUGUGCAGGGCUGCUCACUUGUCAAUCACCUGGUGCCACAAUGUUGUUGGGUGAUCGAGCCAUUUGAAGUUCUGAAGUUAGGGCUGUGAAAACCUGAUCCAAAGAGUUGAAGGAGGAGAAUCUUUCAAGAACAUUGUGAGGGGCUGCAAUAGGAAAGAGCACUUGGUGAAAAUCACUGAUCCACCAUCUUCCUCCAGCAAGGAGUCUCCACUGGAUCCUGGUUUCCUAUGAGCAGAAUGAGCCCUUUCAAUUGUGGAUGGCACAUCUGGAUCCAAACCUACUUAUUUUAACGACGUUCUCUUUUAUCAAUUAAAAUAUAUCCUUCAAAGAUGAAUAAUACUUUCUGUUUCUUUUACAUAAGGUGUAAACAGUGGAACUAAUUAUGAUAACGAAUGCAAAGAAGGCAUUUACACGUAACAGUGAGAGCCAGGCACUGUGACUUUUCUGAAGCUCUUGUUACAGUGCAGUGUUCGAAACUCCCAUUGUUCUAGGCGCAUUUUGUGACAGGGAAUUUCAUUAGCGCAAGCAGUUUCCGAGCUGUGGGCACAGUACUGUGUCUAAGAUUUCAGAUUAAAGGGAGGACUUUUUUCUGCCUCACUACUUCCAGCUACUCUCUGGAGAAGAGACCCUUUUAAUAAUAUUGGGGGGUGGGCAUGGGAAGGACUAGACCAUGUGAAAAAUAAACAUAAUAUUUUAGCUGCAGUUCAUUCCUUUUCAGCUUUGCAUUCUUAUUAUAAAAAAGCACACCUAAACAUUCUGUUGUUACGCCCAUAACCUAGUUUAAGGUGCCAUUUAGCUCCUAGCUUUCAUAUCUCAGUUUCUAAUGCUGUUACAGUGCCUCUGGGAGCCUAAUGGGCAAGCCAUAUGCUAAAUUGAACAGUGCCUUUCUUUGGCAAUGGGAAAUGCUGCAGCAAAAACUAGAAAGUAUAAAAACUCUUUAAGUUCAUAUGGUCCUUGCCUGUGCAUGCACAUGACUUUGGCUCAAGCCUUGUAUGGCUGUGACAACAUGAGGAACGGAGGAACAGAAAAGUGUAUUUGCUAGUAUGUUUGGCUAUAUAAUUCAAGGAAUAAAAGUUUCUUCUGUAUAUCUACAGUCUUUGAUGCCCUGUCUUUUAGUUCAAAGAAUUUACAAAGUGAGUUUUAAUGAAAGGAAACAUACUUAGGAUUUCAGCUUUAAAAGAAGACAGGCUAGCUCAAACUGCAUCUGUAGAAAAUGUUGAUUAAUGAAGAUACUUCUAUAGUUUUGACUUCAUUUGGUUCUGUAGCUAGAGUUUUCAUUUAGAGGUAUAAGGUCAUGUGCUUUCUCCAUCAUUGAGACAUCUGCUUAAUUGGGUGCAGUUUAAUUCCAUGAUGAUACUUUUCUUCUGCUUGUCUCAUGUGAGCAGAUCUGAUUUGAGUAUAUGAAUACCAAGAGUGAUGGUUCGUUUUCUUUUUCAUGAAGUUGAGUUUGGCUGAACUAGUUUUCAGUCAGAAUUACAAAUGAAAUUGAACCUUGGCCAUGCUGUAAUUUCAUGCAAAAACAAACAAAUUGUGCAAAUGUCCACCCUUAGAGGUUACAGAUGGGACAUGGUACUAUCUCUCUGUAUCUUCCAUAGAAAACCUAGGAAGCAGCAUCGGUGCAUUAAGAUGCGCAUCGUGCCCAGUGCGUGGGGAACUUGUAGAAUUGGGUACAGAAGUAAAGAUCCAUCUCUUUCUGGAAUCUGAAAAUGAUUAGAAAAGUCAUGGAGGAUAGGUUCAUUAGUGAUCAUCUCAUGCUCAGUGUUCGUAUGUCUGUGACUGUUGGAUGCCAGAAAUGAACAACUGGAGAGAAAUCACUCCAUAAUUGCUCUAUUCUAUACACAUCCUCAAGCAUCCAUUUCUAGACACCGUUGGAGACAGAAUGUUGGGCAGAUGGGCUAUUGGUCUAGCCCAGUAUGACAAUACUUAUGUUCUUAACCACAGCCUGUCCAUCUAAUUCUUCUUAGAGUGCUCCCACAGUAAAAUAACAUUUCUGGAUAGAAUACUGUGAGUUAACCGAAACUUGCGUAUCUUCUUCCAGCUAUGUGCUUUUGAAAUAGGAUUCAAUAAUCCCAGAAUAUGAGCAAACAGUUCCAAAGCAAUGAGAGAAUAAAAGGUGGCGCAGAUACUUGUUUCUCUUAAUUGCCAGUGCCAAGUUCUGUUGUAGAAUAGUCAAGUGAGCUCAAAAUACAGUAUAGUAUAACGUUGAUCUCCUCCCAAUCCAUCUUUCUGCUGUUUGCUUUGAACUGAAAAGUACAUAAGGGAUACAUGUCCAGGUUAUGAUAGUCACUAGAGAUUUGGGUGUUGAUGUUUAUCUUUGGGGAAUACAGAGUGACUUCAGAUGGCCUGCCAGUUAUUCACUUAUAUCAGUAAGAGUCAGAUACUGUUGAAUGAAAACCUGUAGUUGUUUCCUUACAGUGUUACUGAUGGGUGUCACUGUCAGUACUUUGAUGUUCAGAACUUCUAAAAUAAUGAGAGAAGAAAGAAAAUAAGACCAAUUGUGCUGCUCUUUACAUCCAUAUUAAGCCAUACAGUUCAGAUUCAACAACUUUUCUCACCAUCACUGAGACACUGAGGCAGAGAAUGUUUUUCUGUUAAGGGCUGCUUAAUCUGGUAGCAGGGACAAGAGCCAGAAAUGGAUAGAGUUUGUUUCAUUGCAGGAUUCCAUAAUGUGCUCUCUGUCUCUGUAUCACUGUCUGGAAGGCUGCAGGUUCCCCAUUGCUAUUUCUGAUUUAAAAAAUAAAAUCAUGUUUUGAUACUGUCAAACUUUGUAUGUCUUAGCUAUAAGAAUUCAAUAUGUGGGUUCCCAGAUGCUUGUGUAAUAAAAAUAAUGUCUGAACAGCACAACACUUCCCAAGUGGAACUGUUUUUAAGAGAUAUUUUUGACUUCGUACCUGCCUAAAAUAUAAAAUGAAAUACAGAUGGCAAAUGUGAUCUGAAGACACCUUCAGCUUAACAAAAGCCACCCAUUUCACAGAUGAUUUAACUUUGAUUAACCUACUCUGCAGCAACAGAUUACACAGGCAACUGGAACUUCACUCUUGAGUGUUAUUGCUGGGUGCUGUCUAAUUUACAGCCCUGCUUUUCUUUCCAUCUCGCCAAAAUACAUCACAAUUUUGAUGUUAACGCAAAGUAAGAAUUCACUGGUUCAUUAAACUUGAAUUUACCAUUCAUUGACAAGGGAUUUGGCAUUUUAAGAAGUAACUACUACUUUUACACAUAUUUAAUGCUUGCCUUAUAACCUUAGAUCCUCUGUCAAGGGAAAAACACAGAAUUAACCACUUAGCAUAGUGUAAUGAAUAUUCAUCAAUAAAAUGAUUUGACAUACAGCUCCACUUCUCAUUGUUAUGUUCUUAUGUGGCUAUUAAAAGUUUUUAGUGAAAGGUUUAAGAGAAUGUGAAAUAAUCCUAGAUAGGGAAUAAUAAAUAGGCUAAAAUAACAAAAGAAGUGAGGCUGGAAAUAGGAACUCCUCAAGAAUUCGACUUGAACAAAAUCCAGAACAAGUACAGCUGCCCUUGUCAUCUAGUAGAUGAAGAAUGGUCUACUCUAUUUAGUGCAGUCAUACUUUAAUUCAUACACUGACCUAGUUUGCAUGUCACAUUAAGCCAUAGUUUAAAAUGACCGAUAAUUCAUAUAAAUGAGCAACAUCCUAGUGCGCCCUCCUCAGAAGUUCCCCACCCCACCUCUUGUCUCUCUAAAUGAAGCAAGUCAAAGUCUGGCAUCCAUGUCUUCCAAAAUUGGGUUCUGUUUUUUCUCCUCAAGCUAACCCUACUGUUCGUGGUUUGCUUGGAAGAAGAAUGAGCCCAGGUUCAGAUAACAUGACAUUCUAGACUCUGGGGCAUUAAGAGCUUCUGAGCAGCCUGCACUAGCUAACCUGUGGCCCUUCAGAUGUUGUGGACUAAAACUCCUUAUCAGCUCCAGAUAGCUUGACUAAUGGUCAGGUAUGGUGGAGUUGUAGCCCAGCAGCAUGUGGGGCAGCACACAGGAUAGCCACCCCUUUUAAAUGAUUGUUUACCGCUGGCAUCUUGUAUGCCACCUUCCGGCAACUCCUGCAGCCAAGCUGGUGCCAACAUACUGCUCUGCUUUCCUUUGGACCACAUCAGUGAUGCUGAGAGGUCUUGUUCUCUGGGCAGCCCAGGACUUCAAUUUACGGUGUCCAGGCUUACACCCCAGAGAGGUGACUACGGUGCUGCUAACACAGCAAAAAUAACGCAGGAUGCAGCAGUUACAAGUUACUGGUCUCUGCAGCCACAGCAGGCACUGUGAUUCUCCAGCAGUUUGACUUCACCCCCAGAAGCGCACUCCAUUGUCUCUUGAGAUAGACGGAUGCCAACCAGAAAAGAAUGUGGAAUAGCCAACAUGGUAACAUCCAGGUAUUUUGGACUGCAAUUCCCAAGGUGCCUGACUAUUUGUCAUGCUGGCAAGGGCUAAUGGGAGUUAUAGUCCACAACUUCUGGAGGGCACAACUUUAGCUACCCCUUGCUUAAUGUGUCAGGCAAACUGGGCUAUCAUACUGUACUACUAUAUUUGCAGCAGCUAAUACAUUGGAUGUUAAAGAGGGGUGGCAAGCCUUGGUCAUUACGAGAUUGCCUUCCCAGAUAAUACGCUUUUGGGGGAAUGUAUGUUAGUGAGAAGAAAUAGUUUGGCUGUACAGCUUUGGUUCUGUUUGCAUAACCUGUUCACAAUAUGGUGGUUUUAUUUUUGCCAUCAGUGUGUUCACUGCUUUAUGGAGUAACAAACAGAAAAGCAGUUCUUAUACCUGAGGUGCCUACAAUCUAAAAUUCAACAAGAGGGGAGGAGAUGUAAGUAAGAAUGAGGGUGGGAGGACAUGUGCUCAUGUACACGUAUUUAAGCUUAGUUUUAGCAGGAAUUUAAAGCUAAAGGUUGAUCAGAAACCUUCACCAAAGAGUUGUAUUUUGAGGCAAAGGUUGAAGGAAGGGGGAUGUGUGCUGUUACACAGAUGUUAUAGACAGAAAGAGUACCAAGAGAGAAGGCAAGCUUGUUUAAAGGACCAGUGACAUUUGGAUGACCAUGCAUGGCAGAGAUGGAGAAGCAAAGGCAGUAGGCAGGGGUGUUUUGUAAGAUGCGGGCAGAUCAACAGAAGACUAUGGAUUGCCUGUUUUUUUGUUUAAAAACAUUGUUUAUUACUACUUUCUAAAACAUUUAUUAGCCACUCUUCAGUCUUAGCUUGCAAAGUGGAAUACAGCAUUGGACAUAAAAUGCAGUAAAUAUAAGAAAAUAACAAUCACAAGUUGGUAGGAGUUAAAAGUCCAGUGGAAAAGAAGGUCAGACAACAUAAAAUUCUUUGGCAAAUAACUUUUCAGCAGGUGCAGAAAGGGUUGUAAAGACAGCACCCGAGCCUGCCUUGGAAAGGUUCCCCUGUUGAAAAGGCCUCCUCUCCCAUUGCUACCUACCUAACUUCAGAUAUCAGAGGGAUAUGGAGCAGGUUCAUGCAAGAGCAGGUGAUCCUUGAAGUAUGCUGUCAGACUCAUUUUGCCAUCAGCCCAAAUGGAAAAUAAUAGUGACCCAACUCACAGGAGUCAGAGAAUUACAGGAUAUGUGUGGCUGUUUUAUCAUUGCUUGCAUUUUGCCCUUUACUAUUUUGUUGGCGGGCCUGUUUGCUUUGAAAGUAAGUAAUUUGUGUUGGAUGCGGAAGAUGGCAGGAAGCUGAUGUGGGAAUUUGAGAAGGUAAUGGAAGAGGUGAAUUACUUUGGCAGUAGACUCCUGGAUAGAGUUGAGACGGCUGAAGCGGAAUAAUGGAAAGCCAGAGAGGACAAGGCUGCAGUAGUCAAGGCAAGAGAAACCUGGGGUGUGAACUAGACUUUUCAUCAAAGGAGAAAGAAUUUUGAUGAAUUCAUAGAAUCAUAGAACUGUAGAGCUGGAAGGGACCACGAGGGUCAUCUAGUCCAAUGCCUUCAGUGGAGCAAUAUUUUGCCCAACGUGGGGCUCCCACCCCUGAGAUUAAGAAGUUCCUGCUCCACCAACUGAACUAUGCUCAGGUGUAUCAAGUAUGAGGGACCUGUUGUUAGACUCUAAAUUCUAUGAUUUGGCUAAUGGCAGGGGUGAUGGGAGUUGUAGUCCAGCACAUCUGGAGGACCAUCCCUGGUCUGCAUUUUUGCAGUGCUGUACAGGAGAAGACAACUCAAUUUGGCAAUUUAACUGAUUAUAGGGAGCAAAGGAGAGGCAGUGGGGAGUUUAAAAUGUGAUCCCCAUUGUACCACUCACAAGGAUAUCUUUCACCGUGGUGAAAAAUGGACGGAGGGGUCAUCUCUGACAUCAUGUUGAGCUUCAGAGGCACUUGGAAAACAGCGGGUACUGCUUCCAAGUGCCUGAGGCUUAAUACGACAGGGAGAGUUUUAUCCCCAAGUUGGGGAGGGCAUUCAUGGCAGCCAGAAAUUUGUUACUAGAUGCUAAAGUCAGCUAAAGCUUGUAGACCAGCAGAAGGAAUAAUUGAAAUCAAUCUUUUUACACUGCAAUGGUGGAAUUACGGAAUGAGUUGUAUGUAGAUAGCAGAUUGAAGUGAAGUAAUAUUUCUGUUUCUAUUUUGUUUGAUAUGAGUGUUAAUAAAAACUAGGUUAAGGGAAAACUGUCUUCUGGCUACACUGUGGUUGGUUUGAUUCCACUGCCAGUAUGCUAUUAAGUAAUCUAAUGUGACCAUAAUAGGGUGAAAGUUCCCUGUCAUCUAUAUGGUGGCACAUACGUACAUCUAAAAAUACGGUGUCUUAACUGGAGAUGAGAAACUGCUCCAGUGCAUCUAAUGUAUAUUUAAGUAAUUGCUGUUAUAACAUAUCUAGCGCUGGAAUGCAGCAAUAGUAAUUCCUAGAGACUGACAGCAAAUGUGGAGUAUUACGUGAGAAUGAGUUUGGAUCUUGUUUGCAUAAUAUGUGCCAUCUACGCUGAAAAUGUGAAAAGGGAGGGGCAACUAGCGACAAGAUCUCUUCUCUGUAAUAUUUGUAAAGGGUGAGGUCACUUAGGCACUAAAGGGCUGACCAUUUGCAUUUAACAAGGAUUUGACUUCUGUCACUGAAAAUGGUACUUAGAAUCAGAGUGCUAUGACAAAGCUGGGAGGCUGGAGUUUAAUUUUAGUUUUAUGGCAUUAAAGCUUGAAACAACUUAGAAAGGGUGAGGGGAAUGCAUGCUUUGUAGUCUCAGUGGCAUUGUUUGCCGCAGCAAGUCUGCAUGCAAAGGAAAAAAUCCAUGCUUAAUUCAACCAAAUUAUUUAAUCCAAUCAUUGUCUUGUAAUUUGCUAUUUGCAGUGCUUCAUCUAUUAAAUGAAAAUUAAGCAUUUAUCAAUUUUCCCUACACCAAUGCUUGGGGAGAAAUCUUGUUUGAGGCACACGGCAUAGAAUCGCUCAGUUAUCCAGUUUUCUGAUUAAUAGUCCAUUGUAUGUACAAAUUCAUCUUAAAAGGAGCAGUGUCUUUCUGUUUCUCUGUGUGAUUAUUUUGCCCAGAAAAGCUUUCAUUUUUUUUAAGUAGCACAAAAGCUGUAAUUGGCAUGCUUUGUAAGGAAAUGUCAAUGUGCAAGAGAGUGGAGAUCAUUAAGAAUUCUUUUACGCGUUCUUUCCCCUUUGCACCACCGCCUCCUCAGCAGGGUCACUGAGAUCACUAGCUUUUCUUGAAAUGGCCAUUUUCACUGGCAGGUGCAUUAUACCCUGUAUUUUCAGAUUGUUUUUCCAUUCUGAAUGUUUGGCAGGUUGAUUGCUCUGGCUGCAUUGACGGAGAAAGGGCUGACAAAUGCGGUUGGGCUGGCUGAAAAGACAGUGAUUACUGUUUUCCUUUGUGGCUGAUUGAGGCCCUUGAAAGGAAAGAUUUUAACCUUCACCAUUUGGUUCAGAAGUAUGAGCAUAUAUUGAAAUCAUUCAUGCCAUUUAUCCUAGUUCUGUAAACUUGUCAGAACGUAAAAAUCGCUCAAUUUCAUAUAAUGUGGGAUUGGCAUACGUCAUUAUCAUUUUGAUUAAGUUGGAGUUUGUAUUAUUGUGUGUUAUAUAGUGUCAUUUAAAGCAUUUGUUCCUUCAGGUAUGGAUAUAUUUUUAUUGCCUAAACUAGGGAGUUGGGAAGGUUUUUUCUCUCUCCUAGAUCUUGCUUCAGCCUAUCACUAUGUGUGUGGUUUGGCAGCUGGUAGGCCCUACAAGCUGUAUUUUUGUUUGCAGGGUAAAGGCUUGUCUGUAGACCUCCUGGAGAGCUAGUAAUUGCGCAGGCUUGCCAUUGGAGAAAAAACAUGAUUGGAAGCAGUCAGGCAGAAAAAUGCUGUGCCAUCCCAUUGCCACCUCAGAGCAGGGAGAGACAAUCCCAGCAGUACCAUCUGGUUGCUGCUGUCUAGUCAGCUGGCCUGGCUGCUGGGACCAGAGCUUGGCAGCUGGUUCCCAUCUCUUGACCAGUCUUAGUUUUUUUUUAUCCCCCCUAGGUGACUUUGAACAUGGGUCACAGGGAUGGCUGCAACAAACACGUCCCUGUUGAAUCCUGCCUCAUUACUUGUGACGAGGCGUGCUGCAGGCUCCUGCUGCCUUUCUCUUGCAGACAGAUGACAUAGUUGUUUAACCCAAAAAGAAAAGAAAAAAAGUCUUUUGAGAAACUUACCCCUGGAAACAGAGAAGGAAAAGGCAGUUGCAGUGUAUAUGCUGUAACACUUGCAAUUUUGAAAGUUGUGUUUUAGGGUGUUCUAUUUCAAAGGUGAAAACCGAGUAAUGCAAAAAAGAAAGAAAGUAAAAAGCAGCCUUCUCAGUAUUCCAGAACAUCAGCAGCACGUUAUUUGUUGCAAUUAAGGAACAACACAUUUUGCUUUUUAAAUUCUCAUUGGCAAACAUGGUAAGGAUAAUGAGGCUUGCAUUUGGAAUGACAGAAAAUAAAAUGUAAUCUGUCUGUGCUAUUAUCUUUAGGAAAAUUUGCUUCUCCGACUAGCAUCCUGAAAACUAAUGUAAGCCAUCUUUCCUGUAUGAAAAAACCAUUAGACACUGAUGGUUCCAUAUCACAAGGAAGCAGCGACUCUGUGGGCUAUUUAAGACACUUGAUUUCUUUAUUCAGCAGCAUUAAUAUGUCAGCACGUUACAUAAAACUGUGGUUGCAUAUGCUGUCUUGAAUGACAAAUGCUGGGUAGAGGUUAGGAAUUCAAAAUUGAAAUCUCUGAAUAGUUUCUUGGAGGUUUUACUGUAGAUUGCACAGGCUUACGUUUUGUGAAUUUGUUGUGAAAAUUGUGGUAUGUCCAGCUUACUGUCAUCUCCUUUAAUAAGUGCAAUUCCCGAAUUAAACUAUUGCAUUCUAGCAAAAAAGCUGCUUUAGGCAGAAUAUAUAAUAUAUACACAAAACUGUUUUGCCUGACAUAGCAUUGCACAGUGGUCAGAAUGUUGACAACCUUGCUCUUUUUAGAUGAAGAAGAUGAAGAUGAUGCAGUGGUACAAAAACCACCAGUUGAGCCUGAAGAAGAAAAAACAUUGAAAAAAGAGGAGGAGGAGGAAGGUACAAAUGUAUCAUAACACAUUUAAACUAUUGCUCAACUUAGUGUCUCCCUUUAAUAGGUGCUGAAUUAUAAAGAAGGUUUAUAUAAUAAUAUGAAUACAAUGUGUGAAGAUUUUUUUUAAUGUACAGAACUUAAAUAAUUGUUUUUAAAAUCUCAACAUACACUCUUAUUUUAAAGAUUAGAAUGAUUUUAUUUGUAGUCUGCCAUCUAAAAAUAAAGCUCCAAAUCUGUUUCCCCCAGUUGCCCCUCAUGAACUGACAGAAGAGGAAAAGCAACAAAUUUUGCAUUCUGAAGAAUUUUUGAGCUUCUUCGACCAAUCAACAAGAAUUGUGGAAAGAGCUCUUUCUGAGCAAAUUAACAUUUUCUUUGACUACAGUGGGCGAGAUCUGGAAGAGAAAGAAGGGUAAUAUGGGAAUCUUACAAAUGUGUUGCUAGGUUUGUUUUAAUCUUACUGAAAGUGAUCCUAAUUGUGCCCUCUUCAAUUGUUCUUGCAGAGAAAUUCAGGCAGGUGCUAAACUGUCCCUAAACAGACAGUUUUUUGAUGAGCGUUGGUCAAAGCAUCGUGUUGUUAGUUGUUUGGACUGGUCAUCUCAGGUAACAAUAACACUUCAUUAAAAACCAUUCUUCUAGAAACCCUUUAGCAGACGUUAUUCUCAUUUACCUGCAGUUGCAGUGUCACCGUAUUUAUUUAAUGCACAGUUGCUUAAUUCAUUGCACAAAAAGAAAGAAAAGAAAGAAUAAUGUGCAGAAGGCAUCGCUAAGGCAUAACAGAAGUGUGUGAGUUGCAAAACUGAGCAGUCUGCAUAUAUCAAAAUAGAAGACAACUCUUCUGUGUCUACUGGUUCUGAAUUGUUGAUUUAAUUUUGAAAUUGCUAUUCUAGCUGUAGCUGUCUAAUUAACAAGGUUGACCUUAAUUUUAAAUCAUAUGAUAAUUUAAGUUGGCUGAUCUUACCUCUGUAAGCAACAGUCUUCCCUUUUGUUCUCAAUUACUUUUUGAAUCCAGUAUCCAGAGUUGCUGGUAGCCUCUUACAACAACAAUGAAGAUGCUCCUCAUGAACCUGAUGGGGUGGCCCUUGUGUGGAACAUGAAAUACAAAAAAACAACUCCAGAGUAUGUCUUUCAUUGCCAGGUAUGAUGUGAGUUCCUGCCUUGCCAGACUAAGAAUUUUAUGUUAAUGAAUGUGGACAUGAGCCUUCUUCUACUUGUCAGCAUAAUGAUUUCAUUGGGCAGGCAAGAACUUUAAACCGCUUGUGUUUGCAAAUACAUGUCAACAUCUGAGGAAUCCAUUAAGCCUUUUUAAAGGUUCGUCUAUAGCAAGCAGCCUUUCUAACACCAUUUGGAUUAUUUAAGUGUGUUGCAGUUCUGUAUUUCUUAUUCUGAUUGCAUAAAAGGAAGCUUCUUUUGUGUGUCAAAUGCAAGGAGAUGUUUUAAGAACUGUGGUCUUAAAAUGUGCGACGAGACCUGAGACCUCUGAAUAAAAAUGUUCGUAGCCUGAGGAUUUAAAGCAAGCUAAGUUAAAACACAUGUUUUCAGGUGGAAAAACUGAGAUCCACUUAUAAAAUGGGUUGGUGGAAAGUUAAAAAUGUACUAGUCUAGUUUGCUAUUGUGUUUUUCAAAAUCUCACAAUUCUGAAACUUCACAAACCAUUGCUGAAAUGUAAUGUGAUAUUGUAACAUCAUUCUAAAGGUUUCAGUAACAAUUUAAAUAUAGAAAAAGCAUUUACUUUUCUUUUUUCUUUUGCCCUUACAGUCAGCUGUGAUGUCGGCUACCUUUGCAAAAUUUCAUCCAAAUUUGGUGGUUGGUGGCACAUAUUCAGGACAAAUUGUCCUAUGGGAUAAUCGCAGCAAUAAGCGAACACCAGUUCAGAGAACUCCCCUUUCAGCUGCUGCUCACACGGUAGGGAGUGGAAUAUCACCCCCCCCCAAAUUACUUCCUUAUUCUCAAAUUAACCCAUUAAUGUAGGAUGAGGAGUGAUAAUCUGUUACUAUGUUUUGAAGGCUGCAAACAAUAGGCAUUCAUUUUUUGCAGCAUUCUAUGUUAAAAAAUAUUCUACGUAAGGCUCUUAUAUUAGAAACCUUUUUUUUAAGUUAGGUCUUCACGUGCUUGUUUUUAUUAAAUUCUUCAGAUAAUCAGAUACAAGUUCAGCUACCCUUUCUCCCCCAGAGGCAACCCACCACUUAAUAUUGCUCAGCCCGAAAGUAUUCCCACUUAUCCACGUGUCCUUUCUCCAGCUUCCAAAUGCUCUCUACAUUUAUCAGUAUUAGACAUGACGUUGUAUCUGUAACUGUCCAUUUGUACCCACAUCCAUAUUCAGAGGCAUAUUAGUUCUACUAGGAAAACAUUGAGCUAUAGAAGUUACUAAUUAUGCUUUCAACACAGCCUGUCUGACCAAGCAGCUCACUUAGCUAUGCUCUGUGCUUUGUGACCAUUGAUAAAGUAUAUAAUACUUUUUAAGGACUUGUAGCAACUCCUUUCAAAGCCCCCCCAUCUCCUUUAGUUGCAUUUUAACCAAUGCUCAGUCCCUUCUUCAUCACAGCUUUUGUUUGCCACUCUUCCCUCCACCCCACUGCCCCAAUAAAUGGCAUAGUUCAGAAAUAAACUCUUGACAGCACUGUUUGUGUUUUCAGCUAAAUUUGUAAUGCUACAGAAGGGCUAGGCACCUUGCACACAAAACUCAAGCCCCUGUUGGGGAGCAUCUGUGGAAAACAGUGAGCUAGGUACCCAGAUAAUCUUGCCUAUCUUCUCAACUUAAAUGUCAUUUUGAAAGCUAAAUUUUGCACUUGCGCUAAGUUGUCUGUAAAUUACCCUGAUGAAACAUCGCUAAUCUACGUCGCACACUUCUGCUUUAGCAUCCUGUGUAUUGUGUGAAUGUGGUGGGGACUCAGAAUGCCCAUAACCUUAUCAGCAUCUCGACUGAUGGAAAAAUCUGCUCGUGGAGUCUGGAUAUGCUUUCACAGCCACAGGUAAAACAAUCAAACGCUGCUUCUAUGUGAUCCGUGUGCAGUCGCACACCAGAGUUCUGUGCAUGUGCAGAAAAUAAUUUUAGAACAUUAGCAUUUUGAUGAGAUUGGCUUCUCCCAUUCGCAAAGUGCAUGUUCAGCUCUGUUUUUACUGUACCAUGACAGUCAAGGGACUUUUUCUCCUGUUAGCAAUUACCUUAGUCUUGCUUGGUGAACAAAACAUUUUGGUUGGCUCUGUCUAUAUAUUUUGUAGUUUGCACUUUGUUUUUUAAUUUGGUUUGCUUUUCCUUGCGUGCCUCCUGACACACCUCCGGCCUGUUUUGCAGAAUCAAAUGCUUGACUACUCAAUUGCAAAUGAUAAUUUCAUGGUAUCUUUCAGGUCAGUUAUGAGGAUCAGAUCCAUGCAUGCCGCACUGGACACCUUGGGAAAUUGGGGUAUAAAUUUAUAGCAUAGGUAGCCAUGUGGAAAGGGCACAAUUUAUGUAAUUCACAUGUUAAGCCAAGGAUGGCUGUGGGCAGGAUUCCUGCAUUGCAGGGGGUUGGACUAGAUGACCCUCAGGAUCCCUUCCAACUCUAUGAUUCUAAGUGUAGAUCUUAGGUCCUCCAGGACGUUCUGAGAAAACAUGCCCUGUUUUUAUGCAGUUCGUGCAUUUUUAUUGUAUCAAAUGCUUUAAACGUGAGAAUAAGAAUGCAGCAAGAUUCAAAAAAUGUUUCUUUGGAAACUAGUAUCAGAAAUCUUCCUUGAUUCUUGGCCGAAAGUUCUCAGCAAACCGGAAAGAUUUGUAUGUGAUAUUUUUCUCCCCAGGAUAGCAUGGAGCUAGUUCACAAGCAAUCCAAGGCUGUAGCUGUCACUUGUAUGUCUUUCCCUGUUGGUGAUGUCAACAACUUUGUCGUUGGAAGUGAGGAAGGCUCUGUGUACACAGCUUGUCGCCAUGGCAGGUGAAUAGAAACUGGGACCCCUGUUUUUAAAGGACGACGGCCCUUCUUAUUAUGUUCUGUAAGAUAAAGCAGGUUUGAGGUAGUUCCUCAAGCAGUUACAUGGGCAACUGUGUAUAAACAAUGCAGAGUAUUCUUUCACGUUCCAGAAAGCCUCUUAUUGGCAGAAAUAUUUUCCUUAUUCUGGAUAAAAUGGCUUUAGAAUUAUGUAAUGGGAGAUGAAGUUUAGCCAUCAUUCUGGUCAUUUGAAUCAUGGCACAACAUCCCAGACCCUCACUUCUGUAGAUAAUUGUACAGUAGUAUCACGCACCAAUCUUAAAUUGGGUAGCAUGUCUCCUGCUGUUCAAUCUGUUUUGAAAUUGUCUGGCUGUAUCUUAUCAAUUGCUUUCUUAAAUGAAAUUGAGGCCCCAGUCUCAGCUCAGACACACACCAGCCCUUCCUUUAUAGCACUUUGGGUUAAAGCUAACCAAAAUUGGUGGUUCUUCCAUUUAAUCAAUAUUGAUACUAUUGGGAAUGCCCUGGUUUCAGACUGAAAAUUGACCCAGGAACAUGUGCAUAUUUCUGAAAGUUUUGUGCACGACAAUGUCUUCAUUUUUGUGGCCCAAAUAUUUACUUUCUGUGAGAGAAUUAAUCAGAUGGCAUAGCACUUCUUAAGCACUGUUUUGUAUCUUGAGGUGGCAUAUUUCGCCAAGGUUUAUUUAAUACGUGAUUUUAAAAUUCUGAGGUGCGUAGCUAUAUUCAAGGGCACUUCUGCAACUACGAGGAAAAAUUGCAGCCUUUGGGGGUUUUUUUAUUUCGAGAAAAGGCAAGUCAGAGGUGACAUGAAAGAAGUUUUUGAAAUUCUGCAGGGCACAAAGAAAGUAGAUAGACAACGGUUUUUCUGCCUCUGUCAUAACAUUAGACCAUGUGGGCAUUCAGUGAAGCUGAAUGUUGGAAGAUUUGGGGCAGAUAAAAGAAAGUGCUUCUUCACACAGUGCAUAGUUAAACUAUAGAACUCUCUCCCGCAGAGGGCAGUUGAUGGCCACCAACUAGAAUGGCUUUAAAAGAGAAUUAGACAUAUUCAUGGAGAAGGCUGUCAGUGACUACUGAGCAUGAUGGCUGUGCGCUGCCUUCACAAUUGAAGGCAGUAUCCUUCUGAAGGCCAGUUGCUGGAAGCCACAGGAAGGGAGAAUGCUCUUGUGCUCUUCCUGUGGUCUUAUGACUAUUAGUAGUGUUCAGUGGAACCUAGGUUUUCGAACGUAAUCCGUUCCGGAAGACCGUUCAACUUCUGAAAUGUUCGAAAACUUGAAGCGGAAGCCUCAAUACAGUAGGGAAACUCAAAACAGAAGCCGCGUGGCACAUUCGGCUUCUGAAAAUCGUUCGAAAAGCAAAGCAGUUACUUCCGGGUUUUCGGCGUUCAAAAGCGGAAACAUUCGUCUUCCGAGACGCUCAAAAAUAGAGGUUCCACUGUAUUGAUUUUGAAGGGGCAAACAUCUAUUGGGUAAGCAUACGUUUAUUAAGUUCCUACCCUAUUAUUUUAAAAAUGUAUCUCAAAUUAUUUACGAUUUUGUUGUUCUUGUUCAUAAGAAAAUUCAUUCCUGUGUGUGUGUGUCUCUUGCAACAGCAAAGCUGGAAUCAGCGAGAUGUUUGAAGGUCACCAAGGACCUAUCACAGGGAUCAAUUGCCAUGCAGCGGUUGGACCUGUAGACUUUUCCCAUCUUUUUGUCACUUCUUCUUUUGACUGGACUGUAAAGCUUUGGACUACUAAGGUAUCUGAACUUGAGACGUCUAAUUGUCUCAAUUUAUUGAGGAAACAAUGUAAGCCACAGUCCCAUCUGUUGGCCUAUAUAGGCAACCGUCUUGUAAACAGUAAUGUGGGACUGCAUUAGUUCUGUUGACAAUGGUGAUAGGAAUAUCUGUUUUCAGUAUCUCUCCUGUAAUACAUUUCGACAUAAAUUCAUUCAUCCUUUAAAAAAAAUAUAUCUUGUUCAUAUUGGGCUGAGGUAAUUCAUAUGAACAUGGAUCUUCCCACCAUCUCCUGCAACCUCUUGCUGAGGUUCUCCAUGGCUCUGCUGAACUUUGGCAUGUUGUAUUUUUCAUCAUCAAAUACUGUGCUUAAUUAAAUAUAUGUAUAUUGCCAUAGAUGAAAAUGUGCAAAGCAAGGAAAUACUAAAUUAUAUUACACUGCGGUUUCAGAAGCACACAGUUCACAUAAUCAGCAGUAAGUUGCAGUUAGGCCUUAACAUUUGAGAAUUACAAUCUUUGUAACACUGAUAGAUGCUAGCUUCACAGAAAUCUGAGGUUGCUUAGAAAUGGAUUCAGUCUGCUUUAUGUCUAAUGGUAUCGCCAAAUAAAAUAAAACUGAAGGGAUUAAAGCCCUAUGUUAGACUACGUUCUUUCUACCUGAUGGCAAUAUUUGCACAGGUAAAACUGAGGUUGUUUUCAUUUUACUUGGCCACAAGAUUUAUUUAUUUUUGUGGGGAAAGGUUCUCUGGCGAACCCUUUCCUUGCUUUGUUCAAAAUUAAUCACACUGCUACAUUAAUUGCCGACAAUGUGGAUGAGAGAUUUUUAUAUACUUUGUCUAGAUUACCUUGCCAGCUUUUGUUUUCUGAAUCAUGAAGUUCAUCAAUUUGUGUGUUUUUCUUUUCCUUCAGAACAACAAGCCUCUGUACUCAUUUGAAGACAACUCGGACUAUGUUUACGAUGUGAUGUGGUCACCCACCCACCCUGCCCUCUUUGCAUGUGUGGAUGGAAUGGGAAGGCUUGACCUAUGGAAUCUCAACAACGAUACUGAGGUAGGAUCAGAUUAUAUUGGGUAUUCCAAAGCUGAAAAUAAGUUUACCAGCCUUAAAACAAACUUGUGAUCUUUUAGUAACUGCAGCCCAUCUUUUUGUACAUACAUUUUAAAGUUAUUUUGCCUUCCCAUCCUAUUUACAAGACUGGUUAGGAGAAUCCUGCCCAGUGUAUGCAGAUUCCUUUCCCUUGGCCACCGCACUUGGAGUACAGUGGGUCCAUAUUCUGUGAGGUCAGAGAUCACCGUAAAUAACAAGAAAAGGAAUGCACUUAAAUUGAUGUGCCAUCUCUUAUUUGUACUUACUGGGACGUUGGCUAAGAUCAGCUUCUUGCAUUUAUUGUACUCCCAGGUAUCUUAUCUCCUGAGUGAAGACAGGUUCUUUGUGCAUCGCUCAUCAUGACACCAUAAGACGGUUGAAAAACCUCUCACUACAGCUUCAUGAAUCUACCCACUGAUUUGUUAGUGCUCUUACAACAGCAUAAUAAUGUAGCACCAGCACUGUGUUGGGCACAGUACAAAACCCAAACAUGAUGCUGUCACUGAGUGCUUUAAGUACUGCUUUAAUAUUACUUUUGUGUAGGGAACCCACCACACUUAACUGAUGUAUAGGUGAUGAUUGGCUGUACUAAAGUAAUUUUUGCCCAUGUACUUCACAUUCAACACACAUAGACAAGGUUUUAUCCAAAGGAGGAGGGGCACAGUAAGUUGGAGCUGUCAUCUUUAAAGGCUUGGAGCUCUAAUUCCUAUCAUUACCAACAUUCCUCUUCUGAAUGUUCACAUCUGCAUCACGUAAAUUUUAAACUUUUGAAAGGUAUAAUGUGUUCCUUCAUACAGUAUUUUGUUCCUGCGGCAUAAGGAACAGCCGGCACACUUCAGUGUCUGUAUUGCCAUCUUAAUAUUUGCGUUGAAGGUUAAGAAAGUUGGGAAGAUACUAUAAGUCCAGUUGAAACAUGGUAUGUUUUUAAAACUGGUAUAGGUGCCAACAGCAAGCAUUACUGUGGAAGGUAAUCCUGCCCUAAACCGUGUGCGAUGGACAAAUUCAGGACGGGAGAUUGCUGUCGGAGAUUCAGAAGGACAAAUAAUAAUUUACGAUGUGGGAGAGGUAGGUAACUUUCAAGUGCUUCCAAAGUAAAAAUGAUGUCUUACAUUAUUUUACUUCAGUCCAAUAAUAAAAGGCACUUAUUUGGGUUGGGUGUCCAUAGUUCUAUCACUGCAGAUGUCAGUGUGUAUUUAAGUUUAUGCAUACAAAGAUACAGCGUUAAGAUUUCAGCAAUUCAAAUAUUUUUUAUUUAAAUGGAUGUAGUUUUCUGUAGUAGUAAGAAUUCCGGGUGUGUCUAGUUUUGUUAUGGGGUGGGGGGACUUCAGCUCCUCACCCCAACGGUCUUUUGCCAGUCCCUAUUGCCAGGGAGGGCUGCUCAUCCAUACUUCCCUUUGGGGUUAGGCAGUUGUUUGGUGGAGGGCCAAAUGGCAAUAAUCAGUAGGCCAAAGGAUUGGACAAGCUGGUGCUCUUGUGAAUCAGGGUAGCACAAUGGCUUGAAUCCAAGGAUGCCCUUCCACUUGCACAGGUGUGGACAACCUCUUGGAUUUGCCCUGCAGGCUUUCCCAUUGGAGCCCCAAGGCUAUUUUGGCCAUGCCGUGCCCCCCCUCUACAUCUGACAUCAAGUGUAGGGCAGGCAAAGACCCUUCUCAGCCAGAAGGCAUUUGCAAGCGCUGCCCUUUGCAAAGGGCAUUAAAAGACCCAAUUAUCGGAUGAUUGAUGGGUUUUGCGAAGCCCUUUUAAAGCUUCUCACAAGAUCUGCCGUCAGCUGAUGUUUGGGUUUUUGCAGUUGUGCAUUUGCCCGCAUGGUUUGAUUUCAAACAUGAAGGCAAAAGGCCACUUGAUGCCACUGUAACAGGUGAUUGGUGGGUGGCCUUGUCAAAUUGGCCUGCAAGAAGUGGGGGGUGUAAAGAUUUGGCCCAGUGGUCGGAUCCAGUUCUCCAACCCUGAUACUAGCAGAUAGUUCUUAGUGCUGCUACACAGGUUAUUUCUGACCUAGCAGAAGAGUGUUGCAUUAGAAGUGUGACCCCAACUCCAGAGAAAUUCCUUCAUUUGUACAAUUUCUUACAGCCCGCUGCAGUUAAUAAGCUACAGCCCUAUAUUUUCCUUUUUCACCAUGUUGCUCACACUUUAAUAGAACCCGUUGCAUUCAGGUGCUGCACUAUGAAAAGUCUAGUGCUUGAACAAGGGCAUCUUCUGCUCACAAUCUUUUGGAUUCAAGCUGAUGAGUUUAAUUUUCAUACGUCCACUGAUGUUCCCAUAUAACUAUGUCUCCACAGCAAAUUGCGGUUCCCCGGAAUGAUGAAUGGACACGUUUUGGUCGAACUUUAGCAGAAAUUAAUGCCAACAGAGCUGAUGCAGAAGAGGAAGCAGCGACCCGAAUUCCUUCCUAGGUUGUUGAAGUGGGGGGUCUCGCUGUGAAUUUUGGGAUUGGUUAUAGAGGGCUUCAGAAUAGUAGCAUGUGUUAAGUAUGCGGCUGAACUUGAAAUUUAAAAUGUGGAGUAAACUGUGGAGUCGACAAGUGUAUAAAGAUCAGUGAAAUUGAUCUUGCAAAGUUGCUUUUUAAUCCCUGAAUCACCACCCUUAAUCUGAUAGAUAUAAUUUAUUAUUUACCCUGACUUGGCAAGGUGUAUGUUCUACUGAAACACUAACCACGUUGAAUAUUUAAAGUUCAACUUUCAAUGGCAUAUAACUAUUUCAGAGCAAUUUAAGUUCUGUAAGUUUCUGAACAAGAGCUUUCCCCAGUCAAACUGACAGGCUAUGCUGUGGACAUCAAUCUCUGGGGCAGUGGGAAAGUGUUAUGGCUAUAGUACUCUUAAUGGCUUAGAUUUGUGCAUGCAUCUGUUCACAGUAACCUUUAUCCUAAUUAUUAUAUAAUAGGCUCCAGGCUACAGUGAUAGGUCAUGUAUAUGACUAAAAAAUCUGUAAACCCUUUUUUGUAAUGGAAACUUUCUAAAAUACCUGCUAAGUACUUUGGAUUUUUUUGUUUGUUACAUUUCUGCAGUAGAGUAAGAAUUCUUUAUAAAUAAACAUUACAUGGCCUCUUUUCUCACAAGCAUCUGUUUAAAGACUUGUUUUUCAAGAGUUGGCAUUUUCAGAGGUAUAUGCAGGGGCAGGGGUGAGGGACUGCAGGAAAAUAAUUAACUUACAAACUCCAUUUCUAUAAAAAAAGUAUCUUGUGCCUAUAAUAAAAAUGGAUUUGGGAUUUAUUUUGUAAUUCUUCAGUUUACUUGAUAUUGCUCAUGUAGCAGUUCUUUAAACUAAAGCAAAAAGAAUGUGCACAUGAGGCAAUUCAUACUUUCAAAAGCAACUUGUCCAUUUUUUCUCUAGGACUAUGUAAUAGGCGCAGUAUUAUAGCCGAUAGCGGGAUGAAGCCAUCGACUCAUGCUAGGAAAGAGACUGUGUAGAAAAACUGCUCAUAUCAUAACACUGUUAUAAGGCAUUCUGGUGCAAAUGCAUUAGAGUAAUGUGUAUAGCUCUGGUCGCCUCACCUCAAAAAGGAUAUCGUACAUUUGGGAAAAGGUUCAGAAAGGGGCAACCAACAUGUUUGAGGGGAUGGAAUGAUUCCCCUAUGCAGAAAGGGUGUAGCAGUUGCAACUUCAUGGAGAAAUGACAGUAGUUAAAACUGUGGAACUCACACCCACAUGAGGCAGUGAUGGCCACCAAAUGAAAUGGUUUUAAAAGAGGAUUAGGCAAAUUGAUGGAGGAGAGGACUAUCCUAGCUCCUAGCCAUGAUGGCUAUGCUCUGCCUCCUCCACCAAAGCCUGUGUCCUGAAUACCAGUUGCUGGGGGAGGGAGUUUGCACCAUUUCUUACCAGCAAACAUUUUCAUCUUUUUGCAUUUCUUCACCUCUUGCUGCCUUGCAGACUAUAGCAAGGUUGUCCCAAAGGAUAACUUAAUCCGUUUGCUUCCUACAGAGUAAUUUAGCUUAGAACACAAAAAGAACCCUGUCAUUCUUGGUUUUAAUAAAUUUUAUUGUCACAUGAUUUUUAAUAAAACACUUUCC